GGUGCCCCCAUGGAAAUCAGUGCUGCCCAGUUCCCUCCUCACCCCAUCCCCUCCCACCUCAAAUGUUUCAACUGUCAAGGGAAUCACUACAAACAUGACUGUCCCCACACCAAGGGAAAGGGUCAUGCUAAACCCAACAUACAGGAGGUCACCCAAGAAGCACAAGAGCUUGCUUUUCAUCAAAUGUCAUUUGAAGAAAUGCAGGCCUUCUUCUAUGAUAAGCAGAUCAACAAGAUGAAGGCCCAGGGAAAAGAGUUCAGCCAGUAG